GGCACCAUGACGGUGGGCAAGAACAAGCGCCUUACGAAAGGCGGCAAAAAGGGAGCCAAGAAGAAAGUGGUUGAUCCAUUUUCUAAGAAAGAUUGGUAUGAUGUGAAAGCACCAGCUAUGUUCAAUAUAAGAAAUAUUGGAAAAACACUGGUCACCAGAACUCAAGGAACCAAAAUUGCUUCCGAUGGUCUCAAGGGCCGUGUUUUUGAAGUGAGCCUAGCUGAUCUGCAGAAUGAUGAAGUUGCAUUUAGGAAAUUCAAGCUAAUUACUGAAGAUGUUCAGGGUAAAAACUGCCUGACUAAUUUCCAUGGCAUGGAUCUUACCCGUGACAAGAUGUGCUCAAUGGUCCAUUCACUAGAAAUUACUAAUGUGGCCCUGGCCGGUGCCUGUGAAAUCCAGACAAGACUACCAGAGAAUCCAUCCUACAAGAAACUCCUGAGUCCUCUUAAAAUAAUACACUCUUCAAAAAGAGUAUAUCCUGUUUUAGGCAAUGUGUGCCUCUGCAAAGCGGCAGAGCUCAAGGCCGCGAGCGGCCAAGUCGCAGACUCCGCCCCUUCCUCUUUACGCCUGACGUCACGUGGUGCGGCCCGGCAGGGACGUUCGGGAUUCGGCCGCGAGGAAUUGAGCAUCUACUGUGUCACUGCGCGUUGA